CUGCUAGUGAGUUUACGUCUCAGCAGCAGUAGCGGCUCGAUGGUGUCGCAUCCUGGUUUGAGUCGUUAUCGGGCUUCGAGGAGAUAAACUGCAAUUUGAAUACGAGAGGUGGAGAUAUCCAAUAAACUAAAGCAUGGCUGAGCCCGAGCUCCUUCUGGACUCCAAUAUUCGUCUUUGGGUUGUGCUGCCUAUUGUGUUUAUUACUUUUCUGGUUGGAGUGAUCCGUCAUUAUGUAUCAAUUCUGUUACAAAGUGACAAGAAGCUCACGUUAGAGCAGGUUUCAGACAGUCAGGUUCUCAUCAGGAGCAGAGUUUUACGGGAAAAUGGAAAAUACAUCCCCAAACAAUCUUUCUUGAUGAGAAAAUUCUACUUCAAUAAUCAAGAAGAUGGAUUUUUCAAGAAGACCAAAAGAAAGGUGGUUCCACCAUCUCCAAUGACUGAUCCCAGCAUGUUGACAGACAUGAUGAAAGGCAAUGUGACAAACGUCCUGCCUAUGAUCCUUAUUGGUGGCUGGAUCAACUGGACCUUUUCUGGAUUUGUUACAACAAAGGUACCGUUUCCUCUCACACUCCGCUUCAAGCCGAUGCUGCAGCAGGGAAUUGAGUUGCUCUCUCUAGAUGCCUCCUGGGUGAGUUCAGCAUCUUGGUAUUUCCUGAAUGUCUUUGGUCUCAGGAGCAUGUAUUCCCUGAUACUUGGACAAGACAAUGGUGCAGAUCAGUCUCGCAUCAUGCAGGAACAGAUGAGUGGUGCUGCGAUGGCAAUGCCUGCGGAUACAAACAAAGCAUUCAAGGCGGAAUGGGAAGCUCUUGAGUUGACGGAUCAUCAGUGGGCCUUGGAAAAUGUUGAGGAGGAUCUGAUGAGUAAGGACUUGGACUUGUCUGGGAUGUUCAGCAAGGAGUUGCCAACAGGCAUCUUCUAAGUGCCUGUCCACUACUGAGAGGUUUUGGAGGACCUCACUGAAUUAAAAGAGUGAUUUGUCAGACUGGUUUUGGGAGUGACAAAUCACUUCCAUUCAGAUUUUUUCUUUUUCUAGAAAGUGUCAUAAACCUCAUUGCAGACAUAUCACAUUUUGUGUAAUAUGCAUGCACCAUUCCCUCCAUUGGUCAUUUUUGCUCAGACGUAUGUGUCAUAGUGUGACAAAGCUUUGAGCUUUAAGCUUAAUGGAUUAUCUCUUGCGACUGCAUUCAUACAGCACAACCGAAACAUUACAGUGCACCCUAUAAUGUAGCGUGUUGCCUGGUUUUCUUGAAAACAUUCCCUGAUGAUUAUUGCUACGUCGUCUUUAUUAUUUUUUUUUUCUUUAAACACAAUUUUUGUUGUAUUUUAACCCCAUUUUCUUAUUUUACUAGGACCAUAUGAUUGGACCAAGUAGGCAAAAAGGAAGUUUUUGGAAGUGAUUUGGUUUUAAAAAGUGGAUCAGACCAUAACUUAGGUUCAGUUUCCUAAAUAGUAUGUAAAUUUACUAGUGUUUUAGAUGCUUUCUUAUGGUGCCAAAACACCAUGCACUGAGUAUGUAGUGAAUAAGACCUCCUUACAGAUUAGGAUUUAUUGGCAUGUUUAAUAUUUAUUUGACUUUAUUAAAUGUCAUUUUAUGGUUUUGUUAAAUAAAUGUUCCUGACUACAUUUA